UCAGACUAAUAGUAUCGACGAUGGCGUCUAUGGAAAGAGAGAGAGUCUGCCUUGUGCGAAUACAUGACGGAGACGAAUUUUAUGUUGCAGAAUGUUAAAGUGCUAUAAUCGCAGAAACUCUUUUGAAGGCACUAUGUGAUGACCGAUUCAACAGCAAGACUCAGGGUGGUACAUUUCCUUCAAGUGCUCCUGCUUUUCCUUUUCCAAUGACCAGCUGUUUGGGACAAUAAAGAUUCAGCUUCCUGUACUUACACUAUUUACCAUUGAAGAAGCAUCGCCAUGGAAACAAUACAGGCAUACCUGCUGGGUGGUGAGGAUGAGGACCCUGCCCCUGAGCCAGAGACCAGCAGUGAUCCCCUAGCAACCAAUAAGCCCUUCUUUACCAUGAAAGAUGGCAAGUUCUGCUGCACUAGAUGUAACAACCUCUUCACACAGAAGACUAAUCUCCAGCGCCAUGUUCGGAAGGUCCACAAGGAGACAACGACCAGCAAUGCCAGGACAUCAUGCAUCCGUCCUGGAUGCAAGGAGAUGUUCUACCACAAGACCAAACUCAUGCAGCAUCUAGAGGAAGACCAUGGCAUAUGUUUGCAGAAGUCGGAGCUCUCGUUUGCAACCGUGGAGAAAUUUUUGGCAUGGAAGGAGAGAGAAGAGAGUCAGAACUUUGCUUAUUUUUCGAAAGAAAGAGGCGCUAUCCAGUCUUCUCUUUGCAUUCAUCAGACCUAUGCAUGUCAGAGAAAUGGCAGCUCUCGUAGUCACAAAGCCAAAGGAAGUCCUGCCAGGACAACCUCCAGAAAAAAGUCCCAGGGGUGUGUCAAGACAGAUAUGAUCUGCCCAGCAAGGAUCAUUACAGCCAAGUGCCUGAAGACAGGCAACCUCAAGGUUACUUACUACAGUUCACACUCUCACCGCCUCCUAUCCAGCGACAUCAAGUUCCAUCCAUUGCCGCAAAAGUUGAGGGACGACUUGAAGCUGAAGAUCGCGUUUGGGGUCACUGUGGAAGACAUCCUGAAGGACCUUUCUCGUCCAAACCAUAGCAACAUCGGUAACCUGACUGUAUUCAAGAAGCAGCUGAAUAUCUCCAGACACCACAUGCAGCAGAUGCGACGGAAUAUAUUCAAAAGAGCGGAGAAGAAUCCAGAAGGUCUUGACAGCAUCUCCGGCUUAGCCAUUCUUCUAGAGAAACACAGAUCCGAAGGACACAAUCCCAUCAUGAUGUACAAGCCUGAAGGAGGGCAGUACAUCAUUGGAAAGCUUGAAGGUGAUUCCCUGGCAGUGGAGGACAGUCCAGUAGUUGUUGGUGUGCAGACAAAGCAACAGCUUCACAUGCUGCAACUGUUCACAGUCAAGUACCUCUGUGUGGAAUCGGUGCAGUAUCAGAAUUACCUACUGGUGAAUGUCAGCAUGCGAGAUGACUACGGGAGAGGAAGUCCAGUGGCUCAUCUGAUUUGCAGUCCCGACGAUCAAGCAGCCCUCUUCUAUUUUUUCCAGAUAAUCGCAGAAAGUUUCAACAAGUCUAUGAUGGCAGGGGUCUUGACCGAUGAGUCGUCGAGCUGCAUCAACAUUCUCUUGGCCGUCUUUGGUGAGAACCUUAGCCAUGUCUUCUGCAAGCGUCUCGUUCACCAUGACUGGCUGCAUCAGCUGCAUGUGCUUGUCGCGGACAAGGAGCUCAGGAGAGAGAUAUACACAUCCCUGGUCUUGCUCAUGGAAGAAACCAACUUGAAUCAGUUCACAAGUAUGACUAGCACAUUCCUGAACAGAUAUCAGUCCAAGGACAAGAGCUUUGUGGUAUAUUUCAAAGAGUCUUACUUGGAUCGCUGUCCACAGUGGGCAACCUGCUAUGGAAAUUAUUCCUCUGAUCCCAACCACACAACGAUGUAUGAUGAAGCCUUCCACAAGCCGCUCAAAGCAUACCUUGACAGCGAGAGCAAAGAAGGGGAGAUCUAUGACCUUGUGGCUUUCUUGGUGAAGACUGCUGAUGAGCAUAGUGACCAGUCUCUCUUACAAAGUUGUCUGCAACCAACACAAACAGUGGGCCUAAGAUCAAGGCAUGAAGAAGCCCUCCAGAUACCUCUUGAAUGUGUUACAAGAAUGAUGGCAAAGAUGUAUUCAGUGAAAACUGAGACAGAACUGCUACAUGUGAAGAGAGUCAAGAAGUUUUGCCCAGAGGCGUCAUGCAGUCCCCAGUGCCUUCACGUAUCCUGCGUUGAGCUCUGUCCUCAUCUGUACACCUGCACCUGUGGGGAGGAGUCCCAUCUUUGCCCCCACAUACACAGGGUCCACAUGCAGAUGCAGAGCUCCUUCCUGGUCAAUAUCAAAAUGCAGCUGACAGACCCUUCGCGGAAAAGCAGCACCUCUUCAGCACCUCUGCCCCCGCCUCAGAAGAAACUCAGGAGAAGUCCGAGACAAGCACAAAAAGAGGCAGCCAUUCAAGCCAAAGAAUCUGUUGCAAAUUCAGAUGCAAGUGAAGGAACUGGAAAGAAUGGUGAAGAUGCUGCCAUUCCUAAAGGUGAUGCAGCAGACGAUGAUGACGUUGAUGAUGAUGAUGAUGAUGAUGAUGGGGAUGAUGGAGGACUGUUUAUGGCCAACACAUAUGAACCUGAAGAUAAUAAUGCCCAGGAUCCAGGUUUGAUUUUCAAUGCUGAGCCAGUUCCAAUAGAAGAUGACGAGACAUCUGAAGUAAACUUGACAAAAAUAUUAGAUGUCAAUGAUGAACUACUAGCUCUUCUGGAAAAUAAAAAAGUACAAGCUUCCCUGUUCCCAUACAUUCUCAGUGAACUUAAAGCGAUUGUUGCAAAGUGCAAAGCUCAAGUGCCUGCUGACUCCUUAGAUAAUCUUUGGAGGCGGGCAAAGCGGAAAGCUGCCACCCCACUACCUUUGCUACAAAUUAAAAUGAGAGAGACUGCAGUUAUUAAGAAAGCACUAGAGUCCAAGCUUACUUCUGGACAAGAGAAUAGUGUAGAGCAAGGAAGGGUGUUGGAUGCUCAAGGUGGAGGUACACAGGUUACUAAACCAGAAGCGACGUUGCCACAGGCCCCUGCUGCAGCUACAAACUCUUCUGCAGGAUUCAAGGACUUGCUGUCCUACAUCAUAACUUCGGCUGCUCAGACCCAGCCUGGCAAUGCUGUUUACAUGGUUCCAGGGACAGCCACCUCAACAAUGCCCUCAUCUUGUGAAGGGAUAAUCCCUUCAACAGCACUGACCCAAGUGAGAGAGAACUCGCCUGUACAGAUCAUCAUGAAUGCCCCUGCAACGUCCCACAUCCAGACCCUUCACACAGCAUCAUCCACGUCAGGGAUCUCAGAGCCUAGUCCUCUAGAGGCAGAAGCAAUGCAGCCUCUUGUUGCACCACUUCAACAAACUCAAAGGCACCUGUUCCCUCCAGCCACAGCGCCAUCAGGUAUGAUAGAUUUUUCAUCUCUGUCUUCCCAGCUGGUGUCUUCGCUGCCACCUGCUCUAUCAUCAGCAACCCAGCAUCACAGCCAGCAGGAGCCAGAGUACAUCCCUCGCCAGCCGAGCCUGACUCCUGCAGGAAGUGUUUUGUCCCAGACCAUUGUAACACAGAUUGUCCAAAGAGCGGCACCAUCUCCCUACCCGUACAAGGAGCAUUCACAAUCCCUUCCCCUAACAGGCGCAAACCAACAAACUGGUAUGACUGCCUCCUACCUGGCCUCGCAGCUCGGCCACCACAUGAUGCCGCCUCAGCCGUUGGCGCAACAUUUGCCGUCUCCCUACACCUUUACUGGCACCGGACAACCCUUGAGCCACCAGCCAGCACACUCCCUGCCGCAGCCAAGGCAGUACCUACCCCCUACCAAUCAAACCCUGCAGCCUCUUCAGCCUAGCCCUUUCAUGUCUACCAUCCAACCUCAACCUCUGCACCAUCUGACCCCUAACCCUUCCACAUCCCAGGGCCAACAUUUACAUCAGACGGACCCCAACUUUAAAACGACCACUCACCCCAUGUACUGAAUACAUGGAUACAUCUUCUUGCCUUCAAAUAGGUGCGCACAUAGUCAGUGGCAGUGUCGUGGUCGAGUGGUUUAAGGCGCUUGACUGGAGAUGCGAAGGUCAAGGGUUUGAAUCCCACACGGCACUAAUAUCCUUUGGCAAAAUAUUAACCUACACUUGCUAUUCUCCACCUAAGUGUAAAAAUGGGUACCCGG